AGUGCCUCCAUCACCUGGCAACCGCCUAGCGCUGAGGAGCCUUGCUGCGUCUCCCCACUAGAUGACAGUAGGAGUUCGGCUGACCGAGCCCAACGCUGAGUCCCGCUGAGAGUUUGGGGCCCAGGGCGGUGAGUCUUUCCUCCCUGCAGGAAAGACCCAGAGGCCAGAACUAGAAUUGCAGAUCGUUUUCACUUCGGAUUUCUAUGACGAUAAAGAGACAGGUUGUUUUAAAGCACCGGUGACAUUAUCAGAUGAACAUUUCAGAAAGAUCAUCUGGGCAGCACUGUGGACAACAGUUUAAAGAGGAUGAGACUGACAGGCCCAAACCUGUUAGCACUGCUAGAAGAUGACCAGGGAUCAAGUCUGGAGCAUAGAAGAUUCGAAUGUGAAAAGAUUUUGCUCCCAAAAUAUCCUGGCAAUCCUUGGUUUCUCCUCUAUCAUUGCUGUGAUAGCUUUGAUCGCUGUGGGGCUGACCCAGAACAAACCAUUGCCAGAAAAUUUUAAGUAUGGGAUUGUGCUGGAUGCAGGCUCUUCUCACACAAAUUUGUAUAUCUACAAGUGGCCAGCUGAAAAGGAGAAUGACACAGGGGUGGUGUAUCAGAUAGAAGAAUGUAAAUUAAAAGGUCCUGGAAUCUCAAAAUAUGCUCAUAAAUUAAAAGAUCUAGAAACAUACCUGAUUGAAUGUAUGGAAAAGUCCAAGAAUGUGGUUCCAAAGUCCCUGCACCAUGAGACACCUAUUUACCUGGGAGCUACAGCAGGCAUGCGCUUGCUCAGAAUGGAAAAUGAACAAUUGGCCAAAAGUGUCCUGGAUGAAGUGUCGAGUAGCCUUAGCAACUACUACUUUGACUUCCAGGGGGCCAGGAUCAUCACUGGCCAAGAAGAAGGUGCCUAUGGCUGGAUUACUAUCAACUAUCUGCUGGGAAAAUUCACUCAGAAAUCACAUUGGUUCAGCCUGGUCUCACCUGAAAGCAGUAGUCAGGAAACCUUUGGAGCCUUGGACCUUGGGGGAGCUUCUACACAAAUCACUUUUGUGCCUCCAGAUCACACUACUGAAUCCCCAGAUAACUCUCUGCAAUUCCGCCUGUAUGGUAAGGACUACAAUGUAUAUACACACAGCUUCUUGUGCUACGGGAAGGAUGAAGCACUCCUGCAGAAACUGGCCAAGGACAUUCAGGUUUCAAGUAAUGGAAUCCUUGAGGACCCAUGCUUUCAUGUAGGUUAUAAGAAGUUUGUGAAUGUAAGUGAACUUUACAAGUCUCCUUGCACCAAGGGAUUUGAAAAGUCUCUGCCAUUCGAUCAGUUUCAAAUCCAGGGAAUUGGAAACUACCAGCAAUGUCACCAAAAUAUCCUUGAACUCUUCAACACCAGUUACUGCCCUUACUCCCAGUGUGCCUUCAAUGGGAUUUUCUUGCCACCACUCAAAGGGGAUUUUGGGGCAUUUUCAGCUUUCUACUUUGUGAUGGAUUUUUUAAACUUGACAUCAGAGGAAGUUUCCUCUCAACAAAAGAUGAAUGAGAUAAUGGAAAAGUAUUGCUCUAGGCCUUGGGAGGAGGUAAGGAAAUCUUUUCCUGCCGUGAAUGAGAAGUUCCUGAGUGAAUACUGCUUUUCAGGUGCCUACAUCCUCUCCCUCCUUCUGCAAGGAUAUCAUUUUACGGACAGUUCCUGGAAGAACAUUCAUUUUAUGGGAAAGAUCCAGGGCAGCAAUGCUGGAUGGACUUUGGGUUACAUGCUGAACUUGACCAACAUGAUACCAGCUGAGCAGCCAUUGUCCGCACCUCUCUCCCACUCCACCUAUGUCUUCCUCAUGGUCUUCUUCUCCCUGAUACUGGCUGCAGUGAUCAUCACAGCCUUGGUUAUAUUUAAAAAUCCUUCAUAUUUCUGGAAAGAAAUGGCAUAGCAGGAGCAACUCAAAUCUGCUGGCUGGCAUGGGAAAAAAACUUGCCUAGGGAGUACUUUCCUCCACUCAGCUGUGUCCAAGGCCUCCUUCCCUUCUUGUCAGAGAGUCUUGACCAGCAGGAAGCUCCUUUGGCUUCUGCUGAAGCCUUUCCUUGGGAAAUAUUCACUGCCUUCUGGCUCAAGGAUUUUCUAGCAGACAUGGUCUCGUCUGUGUCUUUCUGAGCUACCUUCUUUUCCUUUUGUACUCUGUGCUCAUGUAAGUCAUAAAGACUUUCAUGAUUUUUGCUUUAUAAAAAAACAAUAUUGACCUUGUCUAGAAGAACUGAGAAUUCUGAGUCCUGUGCUGGGAAAUUGAACUAGUUAACAAGAAUCUCAGGAACUGGUACAGUCAUAUUCUAAAAAUUCCACUCUCCUGCUUCACAUAAAUUAAGAAAGCCAUAUGAUGCCUUUGGAAAGAGUAGACACGUCUCCUUCUGAGCCUGCUCUUUGGGUAAGAGAAUUUUUUAAAAUAGGCAUAAAUGUGCUAAGGCCAAAGAGUUUUGCAAGGGAAUCUAUGUGCUCAUGCAGUUAAUAUAAUUCUAAAUCCUCAAAAUAGGGAUAUAAAUGAGUCACAUAUUCCUGAAUUAUGCCAAAAUGUUACCAAGUGCAACAUACAGUCCAGAUACUUUUAAAAAACAGAUAUAUACUGUGGGCCUUUAGAUAUUAGGACAUAAUAUGUGGUAGUUAUAUACAUAUUACAAAGAAAAAUACAGUUACAACUCAAAUUUAGGAAAAGGCAUCCUCCAAUGCUUUUGGAGUUUCUAUUAUAUCAUACACAUAGCAUAAAAUUCACCACAUUAACCUUCAGUUAGUAUAAUUCAAUAGCAUUUAGUACAUCAUCACUGUUUGGUUCUACACUAUUUCAUCACCAAGAAGUUGACUGGAAAAAGGACUGUACUUGGGUAUGGUCAAAUCACAGAUCUUUCAUUUAACAGCUAAAUGUGCUAACCAACUGCACCAUAAAGAUAAAACAUCAAGUUUUAAAGCCAUGCCACAUCUUAUUAUCACAAAGUUUGAUUUUAGUGAGAGGAUGAUAUUAAGCAAUAUGCUUCUUUCCUGUUAUGGUAAUUUACACAUCAAAAUGUGUUGGGAACCAAGGCUGUGUCACCACCUCUGUUCCAUAAAUGUGGGUUUUAUUUACUUUUCCCAUAGAAUAUUUCAUAAGGGAAGAACUGGCUAUGGACUCUAUCAUAGAAACUCAAAGAAGCCCUAUUCCUCUUGCAUUUAAGGAUUAAAGGUUACCUGUUUAGCAGGGUUGGGUGGUGAUCUGUUAUUCUCAUUUUAACCCAAACCAUCUGUCCAUCUCUGGAUCUGGACACUGAUUGUUGAACAGAUGAGAGAAGGAAAGUUCUCCUAUAAACUAGAUGCCAAAUGCCCCUUAUCUCUUGAACAAUAAAGCUAUACUCUAUAAUAGUCAGGUGAACAUAUGUUUAAUAAAGCUGUUCCUUUUCUGCUACUCACAAUUUAAUUUACUGGACCUUGAUUAGGGAUCAGAAGCCAAACUGGUAUAUUCAAACUCUCUUUUUGGUGGCAAUUGCUAUAUUAUUAUGCUGCUAUUAACUAAGCACUGGUGGUAUAUCAUGCUCUACCUCCUAACAAUCUGAAAAAGGUAGCUAUUAGCACUCCUAGUGCCCAUGGCAGAGCUGAAAAUCAAGCCACAUUUUCUGCCCCAAGUUACAACUUUUUUUUUCUAAACACUUUCCCUCAUCAAGUUGGAAUUGGAAUUUACAAGUUUCCUUCAGAGAAUACAAAUCUUUUCUUAUUUCUGUCUUUUUGCCAAGGUUCAAAACAAAACAAAAACCCUUUCAGGUAUUUGGGAGCCAAACUCCACAUGUCAAAACCUCAAAUUAUGAAGAUAAUUAGUAUGUGCAACCUACCUUCAGUUCUGUUGGAGGGAAGGUUGGUUUUGAGGCAGAUGCAGGAGUCUGCUGAGCCAUUCUGGGUGGACCGAAGUUAGAUGUGUCACUACCGAUUAAUUUCAAUACUGGAUUGGUCAGUGCUUAUAAUUAAUUACUGUGCAUCCCUGAACUUUCACCCAGGACUAAAAACUUGGUUUUGGUAACCCUGUUUAUUUAAAAGGUAGGAAAACGUUAUUUUUUAUGAACUCACAGUUGUUAUUUCUGUAUACAAAAGAAUGAAGCAACAUAAUUAGGCUGUGUGUGUGAGAAUUUCAAUUCAUCUAAUUCUUAAUUAGUAAGAAAUAUGUGAUAUAAAUUAAAAAUUUUAAAAGUACUCAUCAAUUUAAUGUCAAUGUCCUUAUCAGAAACACAUAUUACACUUCAAAGCAAGGCACAUUUAGGAAAGUGACUGAAUGAAAAAUAUUCUCAUUUCAACAAAUAGCUAAUAUGUUAUUGAGCUUUUUUAAUGCUAAGUUUUUAAAUCUGUAGGGUAUAUUAUUUUUUUGUAGUGUAUAUUUACAGAAUAUUUUCAUUAGAACUAAUCACAUUCCAAGUACUACAUAUGGCUACUGGCUAAUAUAUUGACCAGCAUAUAUGUAAAAAUACAUGUUUAAAGUUAAAAAGACAAUAACCCUUUAUUGUCUUACCCUUGGAGGAGAGAAGGGUUAACAACUAAAGAUGCUGUGACAUUCUUGGUGUCACAUUACAUAUGAAGUUUUCUAUUAUUCUUAAAGAGCUUUUUAGAUACUGAGAAUUUUGCUUUAUUUCUCAGGCUUUGCUGACUUUUGUUCAGGCAGAGAUGACUGUAAUUUGGGACAAGAUGCCUGAUGAGACUUUGGGAAAUUUUUCCCAGAUUCAAAGUCUUUUUUUUUUU